UGAUAGUAAAACUUCAAUCAUGUAUCGACUCGCAGUUGUAUUCAUUUUCGCUUCGGUUUUAGUUUUGAGUGAAUCGGCAAUAACUGCCGAAGAUCUUAUGAAAUUUGGAAUGGCUCGUAGAACAUGCGAUCGUACCACUGGAGUCGAUCCCAGUAUAAUCGAUCGUGUACUCCAAGGUGAAAUGGUAAAUGACCCGCAGUUUGAUUGCCACGUCGGUUGUGUAUUGAAAGAAUUGAAUUUGUUGACUGCAGAUGGUUCUCUGAAUGUUGAAGUAGCCGCCAGUAAAGUUCCUGAAAAUUUACCAUUCCACGAUCAGCUUGUCAAUGCAAUCAGAUCAUGUGGCAGCAGAAAGGGUAAUGACCAAUGUGAAACAGCACACAUGCUCUUCGUUUGUUUCCAUGAGAAUAAUAUUCCAAAUCUUAUUAUGGGAUAAACAGGAUUGAAAAGUUAUAAAAAUUAUUGAUAUUGUAUCUGGUGCAGGUAAACUUGUAACGUCGUGAAUGAAUAAAGUUAAUGA